UUUACCGGUGAUGAAAAUUAAUUUUUUUAGGAAAGUUGUGGCUAAUAAAGUCAAUAAAACGAAUGUGGAACGUUUUUGUUUUCAAUAUUAAAAGAAAAUACAUAUAUAUUUGAAGGAAUGGCAACGUUAAGGAUGGUAGCCCGCCUCGGGCAAAGUGCCUUUUGGCAACAGCGUUAUCGAAUCCAAUUAACAGUUUUGGGAAACACAAAGUCCAAGACAUCGUGGUCCCUGUUGCAAUUCCCAAAUUUAACACAAUGCAUGUCUCUUGCGCCUAUUGCAAGCAGCCGUCAUUCUUUUAGUACAAAGAAAACGCCAGACUUAGCUGGUAAAACCGACACAAAAUCAUCGCCAGUUUUAGCAGAUGAGGAUAUUUUUGGUGAAGCAUCUAAGCUGGGUCUAUUUGCAAAAUUCAAAUUAAUGUAUAAAAAAUACUGGUACGUGCUUUUACCAGUUCAUGUUGUCACGUCGAUUGGCUGGUUUGGAGGCUUUUAUUAUCUCUCCAAAAGUGGUGUGGAUAUUCCAUUGUUAUUGCAACAUAUGCAUCUCAGUGAGAGCAUCGUGGAACGUUUUCAAAACUCUAGUAUGGGCCAUUAUGCAAUAGCAUAUCUUUGUUACAAAGUGGCGACUCCGCUACGAUAUGCUGUCACAUUAGGUGGUACAACGGUGUCUAUAAAAUAUCUCGUUCAAGCUGGACAUAUUAAACCAAUGCCUAGCAAGCGAGAAUUAAUGCAGAUGUACGAGAAAAAUAAAGCAGAUCGUGCUGCUGCGAAAUUAGAAGAGUUUGAGGAAAAACAGAAGACCAAAGAUAAACAAUGAUUUACAGCGAUUAUAUAAUCAAAGGAUGAAAUCCGUUAAGAAAUAUUUAUUGUUAACUGGGAAUCUGUUGUGAUUAUAAAAAUAGUAAAUGAA